CAAAUUACAAUUGAUGGUAACGAUCGCACUUUAGAUAAAGUGAUCGAUAAUAAGGGUGGACAAGACACCGAUAUCUCUGAAAUAAUACUGGACCGAAAAGGUGAACAUCAGAUUUCAUCAGUGGGAUACACGUUGGCAUAUAAUAAACUGGAUAACCUCUAUACUCCAAAAGAAGGGUAUUUACUGCGCUUAAGUCAGGAUAUUUCAGGAUUGGGAGGAAACGUGAAUUUCCUAAAAUCUGAAUUCUUAUCUUUUUAUACGCACCCUAUAUUAAGCAAAAUUGACGAUGAUAUAACGCUACGCUUUAAGAUGGCAGCAGGUCAUAUUUUUUCUUAUACUGAUGAAAAUCUAAACAUUGGCCAGCACUUUUUUAAAGGGGGUAAUGAGAUUAGAGGGUUUGACCUUUCCGGUAUUGGACCAAGAGCAGAAGACAAAAAUAAAAGCUCAUUGGGAGGCAAAACUUAUUUUAAUCUAACACAGCAAGUGGAUUUUCCUCUACCAAAACUAUAUGACUAUGCUGGUAUCAAAGGCUCACUAUUUGUUGACUAUGCGACACUUUUUGGCUUAGAUGAUAAAAAUAAGAAGUAUGAAGGGAAAUACUAUGAUAGCAAGCUUGUGAGAGUGUCACCAGGUUUUGGCUUUUCAAUGCUUUCUCCUUUUGGUAGACUUAGAUUGGAU